ACAGCAGAGGUUUCUUACUUGUGUCUGGUCCAGGAGCUGGGCAGGAUGUGGGCCGCAGCUGUAUCCUCGUGUCUAUUGCUGGGAAGAACGUAAUGCUGGACUGCGGCAUGCACAUGGGCUACAACGAUGAUAGGCGCUUUCCUGACUUCUCCUACAUCACCCAGAAUGGGAGGCUGACGGACUUCCUGGACUGCGUGAUCAUCAGCCACUUCCACCUGGACCACUGUGGAGCUUUACCCUAUUUCAGUGAGAUGGUGGGUUAUGAUGGGCCCAUUUACAUGACACAUCCUACCAAGGCCAUCUGCCCCAUCCUGCUGGAGGACUACAGGAAAAUUACUGUAGACAAGAAAGGGGAAACCAACUUCUUCACUUCCCAAAUGAUUAAAGACUGCAUGAAAAAAGUGGUUGCUGUGCAUCUGCACCAGACAGUGCAGGUGGAUGAGGAGCUGGAGAUCAAGGCCUACUACGCAGGCCACGUACUGGGAGCAGCCAUGUUCCAGAUCAAGGUUGGGUGCGAGUCGGUCGUGUACACUGGUGAUUAUAACAUGACACCAGACAGACAUUUAGGUGCUGCCUGGAUCGAUAAGUGUCGCCCGGAUUUACUUAUCACUGAAUCCACCUAUGCCACAACCAUCCGAGACUCCAAGCGCUGCAGAGAAAGAGACUUCCUGAAGAAAGUUCAUGAGACUGUGGAAAGAGGAGGAAAGGUUCUCAUCCCUGUUUUUGCCCUUGGACGUGCCCAGGAACUGUGCAUUUUGUUGGAAACCUUCUGGGAAAGGAUGAACUUGAAGGCUCCAAUUUACUUCUCCACAGGCCUGACAGAGAAGGCCAAUCACUACUACAAGCUCUUCAUCACCUGGACCAACCAGAAGAUUCGGAAAACCUUUGUGCAGAGGAACAUGUUUGAAUUCAAACACAUCAAAGCCUUUGACCGGGCCUUUGCAGACAACCCAGGGCCCAUGGUGGUGUUUGCAACCCCUGGCAUGCUCCAUGCAGGACAGUCCCUUCAGAUCUUCAGGAAAUGGGCUGGGAAUGAAAAGAAUAUGGUGAUCAUGCCUGGCUACUGCGUGCAGGGAACCGUAGGCCACAAGAUCCUGAGUGGGCAGCGCAAGCUGGAGAUGGAAGGAAGGCAAAUACUGGAAGUGAAGAUGCAGGUGGAGUACAUGUCCUUCAGUGCGCAUGCAGAUGCCAAGGGGAUCAUGCAGCUGAUUCGCCAGGCUGAGCCUCGGAAUGUUCUCCUGGUCCACGGGGAAGCCAAGAAAAUGGAGUUUCUGAAGCAGAAAAUAGAACAGGAAUUUCAUGUCAGCUGCUACAUGCCUGCCAAUGGAGAGACCACAACAAUAUUCACCAACCCCAGCAUUCCUGUGGACAUAUCCCUGGGACUCCUGAAGAGAGAAACGGCCAUAGGUCUCUUACCAGAUGUCAAGAAGCCAAAGCUCAUGCAUGGCACAUUAAUGAUGAAGGAUAACAGCUUCCGCCUGCUUUCCCCCGAGCAGGCUCUGAAGGAGCUGGGCCUGGCGGAGCAUCAGCUGCGCUUCACCUGCCGCGUCCACAUCCAGGACCCGCGGAAGGAGCACGAGACCGUGCUGCGUGUGUACAACCACCUCAAAGGGGUCCUGAAAGAUUACUCAGUGCAGCACCUCCCUGAUGGGUCUAUAACAGUGGAGUCCAUCCUUAUCCAAGCCACGGCACACUCAGAGGAUCAAGGAACCAAAGUUCUGCUCGUGUCCUGGACCUACCAGGAUGAAGAACUGGGCAGCUAUCUCACCUCCCUUCUGAAGAAAGGGCUCCCCCAGAGCACAGCAUGAGCCCCCCAAGGGC